UGGAAUUCAAACUUCCUCGCACAGCGGAAACGACGCGAGCGGAGGAGAAGAGGACACAGGAGGAAACUUGAAGGACGUCAAAGCGCCGAGCGACAUGUUCACUUGGAAAUCGGGUGCGGCACCGCGAUUGCUUAUCAGCGAGCGCCAGGGGCGGGGCCAUCACAAGCAGGAACUGAUACAGCAGACCCCCAAGCAGUCAGCAGAGUGCAGAGAGCGCCACCUCUUGGAGCAGGGACAUCAUGGCAGGCCGCAUGCUAGUAAAAUUCCAUUCCCACAGAGCAGGAACCCGCGAGGGCCGCAGUGAAAUUAUUUGACGAGAUCCAAAAGAAUAGCGGUCUUGUGCCGUCAACAAUAGGGAGGCGGCCAUUUGUUGUCGACGCUGACCCCCCCUUUCCUAAGUGACCCUCCUCCACAUCGACCGGGAGACAUUCCCGAAUAUAUUAAAGCGAGCAGUUCGCCAUUACUGGCACCGAAAGCUUUUAGAAGCCGCCCGCCGGCUUCCUCCCAGGAGCCUUCGCUGCAUAUAUAUCCGAGGAGCUUACUUCCAAAAUAAUACGUGGACGGUGAUGUCAUACCCCAGGUUACGUAAUCGCCCUCGCGGGCUUCAUGACAUAUGUUCUGAAAACAUUUGGGAAGUCUACUGACCUGAGAGUGUAUUUUGCUUCAUUUAAACAAAGACCAAAAUAGACGCAUUGGGAUAUUCAACAUUCAGUCAUUCAUUCAUCAUCCGUUCCGCUUCUCCUCAAUAGGGCCUAUCGCAGCGAUCUCCGGGCGAGAGGCGGGGUACACCCUGAACCGGUCGCCAGCCGAUCGCAGGGCACAUCCAAACAAACAAUCAUUGGCACUCACAGUCACACCUACGGGCAAUUUAGAGUCUUCAGUCAACCCACAUCGCAUGUUUUUGGGAUGUGGGAGGAAACCGCCGUACCCGGAGAAAAGCCACUCAGGCAUGGGGAAAAACAUGCAAACUCCACAUAGGCGGGGCCGGGAUUUGAACCCCGGUCCUCAGAACUGUGAGGCAGAUGUGCUAACCAGUUGUCCACCGUGCCGCCUGACAAAAAAAACAUAACCCAUUUAAAUAAAAUACAUCAUACUCACCAGAGUACUUGUUUUGCUAGUCAUACUUGAAUUACGCUCAAUACCAGUGAGUGGCGCUAAUGUACUUCAGCGCCAUUUUGCCAACCACUAUUAAGACCGAAGAAGAAUAUCGCAGAUGGACUUCCGUUUCCCGGAGCGGCUUUCAUGCGACAGCAGCACCACCUGGCGGCUGAUUUACGCAGUGCCCUCCUUUGAAACGAACAUGGCCGCUGCGGUGCGGACAACAAUUCAGUUUGGGGAUUUUAGCUAUGGAAGUGACAAAGUUCAGUGGAAUUCAAAGUCUGGAAUGGCAGAAACAGAGCAAGAGGCCUCGUCGUCGUGCUCCUCGUCGUCGUGCUCCUCGUCGUCGUCUUCCGUGGCUGAGGUCGAUCACGCAGAAGGCGCCGCGGCCUCCUUGAGGUCCAAAUGCGUUGGGCUGCUCGCCUCCGCCCUCCACCUCGAGGCGCCCGACGGCGACAAGGCCACGGAGCUGGCCGCGCAGGUCGAGCGGCACGUCCGCCGCAUCCACGCGUCCGAUCGGGUCAAAUACAAAGCCUGCGUGAGGAGCAAAGUGGCCAACUUGAGGAAUCCAAAAAACGGCCACCUCCGCCAGGGCCUGGCGAGCGGCUCCCUGACUCCGGAGGCCUUCGCCCGCAUGACGGCGGAGGAGAUGGCCUGCGCCGAGCUCCGGCAACUGAGGGAGGAGUACUCGUCUCGCGGCGUGAGCGAGCGGCAGCUUCCUCGCGGGCCAGAGGGGACGGCGACGCGGCGGCUCCGAUGCCGGCGCUGCGGCGGCUUCGACUGCACGGUGACGCGGCUGAACAGAGGGGUGCUGUUCCUGCCGGCGUGGGCGCGGCAGGGAGGCCCCGAUGACCCGGCCGUGACCUUUGUGACCUGCAGCCGUUGUGGGCAGCGGUGGUACCACAGCGGCUGGCUCUGCCUCUGACUUUUUUUACGGAUCCAGCUUUUCUUAGACGAGUGGUUCUCAACUCUUGUUACGGCUGUAAGCCCGAUUGCAUUGUUUUCAAUUCAUUUGUGUUUGCGUACACACACACAAACAUAUAUAAAUAUAUAUAUAUAUACAUAUAGGGUUUUAAUAUAUUUCUUUUGCUAAUACUAUUGAAGAGCCUCAUGAAGUUUGUUUGUUUGUGAUGAAUAAUGAAACUAUUGAAUACAGGCAUUUAUGUGACAUGGGUUUAUGAUUGUGUCCGAGCUAGAAGCAUGGUGUCAAAAGUUUUGGUGACGAUUCUUUGUGUUGUUACAGAGCACACUAAUAAUAAUAAUUAAAAAAAAUGAAUCCAA